UUGGCUGCUGGAUUCACCAGCUGCUUGAAGGAGAAGCUAGUGUGGCCGUGAGCCCCGUCGUCCAGUCCAAAAUGUCAUCCUGUGGACGUUUAACUAUGCACGCUCAAAUCUGUAAACGCCUGGCUCACAAGUGCCUUUCAAGAACCUACACAUCUCGCCCUUCACUUAAUGAAGUCGUCAUUGUCAGUGCAGUCCGCACGCCAAUGGGCUCCUUCAGAAGCAGCCUGGCAGCCGUUCCAGCAACCAAACUGGGCUCCAUCGCCAUCAAAGGAGCCAUCGAGAGAGCAGGAAUUAGUCCUGAGGAGGUGAAGGAAGUUUACAUGGGCAACGUGCUUCAGGCAGGAGAAGGACAGGCUCCCACGCGGCAGGCCUUGCUUGGAGCAGGUUUGACCCUCAGCACUCCAGCAACAACCGUCAACAAAGUGUGUGCUUCUGGGAUGAAGUCCAUCAUGCUGGCAGCUCAGAGUCUAAUGUGUGGACAUCAGGAUGUAAUGGUGGCAGGAGGCAUGGAGAGCAUGUCCAACGUUCCUUAUGUGAUGACCAGAGACACCCCAUCCUAUGGAGGAGUGAAGAUGGAAGACCUCAUCGUCAAGGAUGGACUCACUGAUGUCUACAACAAAUUCCACAUGGGCAACUGUGCAGAGAACACUGCAAAGACCUGCAGUAUCAGCAGAGAAGAGCAGGAUGCCUACGCCAUCAGCUCAUACACCCGCAGCAAAGCAGCGUUCGAGGCCGGCCUGCUGGCCAAGGAGAUCGUACCCGUUUCCAUUCCCCAGAGAGGCAAACCUGAUGUUGUGGUGUCUGAGGAUGAGGAGUGGAGGCGGGUCGACUUCAGCAAAGUCCCGAAACUGAAGGCCGUCUUCCAGAAAGAGAACGGCACGGUGACGGCGGCCAACGCCAGCACUCUGAACGACGGAGCUGCAGCUGUCGUUUUAAUGACAGCAGAUGCUGCGAAGAGACUCAACGUCACUCCACUGGCCAGGGUUGUCUCUUUUGCUGAUGCUGCGGUUGCACCCAUUGAUUUCCCCAUCGCUCCUGCAUAUGCUGUGCCAAAGGUGCUGAGUGCAGCGGGCUUGAAGAAGGAAGAUAUUGAUAUGUGGGAGAUCAACGAGGCCUUCAGCGUGGUCGUGCUGGCCAACAUCAAGAUGCUCCAUAUUGACCCUGCGAAGGUCAACGUCAACGGGGGGGCUGUGUCUCUGGGACACCCUAUUGGGAUGUCUGGGGCGAGAAUUGUGGGUCACAUGGUUCACAACCUGAAGGCAGGUCAGUACGGGCUGGCAGGCAUCUGCAACGGAGGCGGUGGAGCCUCCUCUAUCCUGAUCCAGAAGUUUUAAGCAAAGCAGAGAGAAGCACACUUGUUCUCUGAUGCACUCUUUGUUACAUUUUGCUGUGACAGACUCUGUUCUAAAUAGUUAAGACUUCUGUACACUCAUAACUAUAGCGAAUGAAUGUUGCCACUUCUGCCAGCGGUCCUUAACUCUCCAGCCUGUUUUCAGGCAACUCCUCAACUUUUCUGACUUGAAUGCUGUGUACCAUACACUCCUUUCUUUGAUAGAAAAAAAUAUUAAUAUUUAACUUGAUGUGGUUGAAUAAAUAGUUUUUCAUGAAAA